AUGAUUGCUGCUAUACCCGAAACUUUAGCCUCGAAGGGCAGUAAUAUGCCAUUCAAAGUCAUUAUUGUUGGCGCAGGAGUGGCCGGCUUAUGCCUUGCGCAUUGCCUUGAGAAAGCGAACAUAGACUAUCUCGUCCUGGACAAAGGGGUCGUGGCGCCGCCAUUCGGUACUACAAUCACUAUGCAGCCCCAUGGUUGUCGAAUCUUACAUCAACUAGGCCUCCUGGACCAGGUACUUGACAACUGCUCGACUAUGGGGAGAGGUUAUUACCGCACUUCCGAUGGUAAAUGCUUCCUAGAGAAUGAUUUCUUUCCAAUAGUCAAAAAGUAUGCUGGAUAUGACACACGAACUUUGAGCAGGAGUCUCUUUCUCCGGAUUCUUUACGAUAACUUGCCAGACCCAUCUAAGAUCUUAGAAAGACACCGUGUCGUCAACAUUAUUGAAGAGAAUUCCAUCGUUCGUGCCAUCCUUUCUGAUGGCACCGAGUAUGUUGGUGAUCUGGUUGUCGGAACAGACGGCGUCCAUAGCAAGGUGCGCGAGCUUAUGUGGGACCAGGCAAACCAGGCCAUUCCCCAUUUCAUCUCUACCUCUGAGAAAAGAUCGAUGGUGACAACUUAUGGUGCUAUCGUAGCACAGUGCCCUCCCAUGCCGGGCUUAGGGCCAACCGACAUGCAUUCUAUAUCAAAUGAUAAAAUGUCCUUCCUCCUACUAUGCCAACCUGAUUUUAUAUCAUAUAUACUCCACUAUAAAUUACCAGAAAAUCAACAGUGCAGAUGGCCCAGCCGAGCGAAAUUCACCGAGGCUGAUAUGGAGGCCCUCGCAGCCAAGUUCGCCGACUAUCCUAUCUGUGAGUCUGUGGUCUUUGGAGAGCUUUGGCGUACCCGAACCAAAGCCCAAAUGAUCUCGUUAGAAGAGGGCGUUUUAAAUCAUUGGUUUUUUGGGAGAACGGUUCUGGCAGGUGAUGCAAUUCAUAAGGUUACUCCUAACUCAGCACUAGGAGGCUGCACUGCAAUGGAGGAUGUCGUUUGCAUAAGCAACGCAUUGCACGCGGCCCUCAACCUACACCCUAACAAGAAACCGUCAGAUGUUGAGAUUAGCGCCGCCUUAAAAUUUUACCAGGACUCACGUCUUAGCCGCGUAAAGGCAAUUGUCAAAGUUGCUAGUGAUUUAACUAGGCUUCAGGCAUGCGAUGGCUGGGCAAUGUAUAUUAGGCAUAGAUGGAUCACACCAUUGAUCGGUCUAGAUGCACUUGCGAUUAACAUCGCAAAGCUCGCAAGCUCGGCUCCUAAACUCGAUUAUGUGCCUUUUAUCGAACGACGAGGCCUCCUUGGAUGGCAAGAUACACCGAAGACAGUGAUUGCAAGAGCAAGGAUGGAUAAAGAACGGCCUUGGUAUCAUGGAUUUUUGACGCACGACAUGUUGACAGUACUUGGCUUUCUCUUUACGCUUGUGUCCACUCUAUUGCUAUUUAUUGUGAAGGCGGCUUCAAGUCGUUGGCUGCCGUUGUUCGGAGUAGCCGCUAACUGA